GUACCUACGGUUCAAACUGCCAAAAUCCCUGUAAAUGCAUGAACGGAGGCCACUGUGACCCCGUGACAGGAACGUGUGAUUGCGCUCCCGGUUUCAUCGGAGCCAACUGCAGCAAAAGUUGCCCCGAGAGCCGGUAUGGGAAGGACUGUGCCCAGGUCUGUGCCUGUGGCAAAGGCCAGUGUGAUCCACGGACUGGCGAGUGCACCUGUGCCCCUGGCCACACAGGACCUGCCUGUCAGCAAGUGUGUCCCCAGGGACAAUAUGGCCCCAACUGCCAUCUGACAUGUACCUGUCAGAAUGGUGGCAUCUGUGACCACGUGGAUGGCAACUGCACGUGUGGGCUCGGCUGGACAGGAAGAUCCUGUGAGAAAGCAGAAUGUCUCCCAGGAAAGUAUGGGGCUGGCUGCUCCUUGGACUGCCUGUGCCAGCACAAUGGCACCUGUGACAGGUUCACAGGCUGCUGCAGAUGCCCCGAGGGUUUCUACGGCCACUCCUGUGAGCACAGGUGCCCCCUUGGAUUUUAUGGGCUGGGCUGUCUUCAGGCCUGUGCCUGUAAAAAUGGAGCAACCUGUGAUGCAGUGACAGGACAGUGCCUUUGUCCUUUGGGUUAUCAUGGUGUCCACUGUGAAAAAGGCUGUGACAGGGGCUGGUUUGGUGAGAGGUGCCAGAAUCAGUGUGACUGUGGAGAUGCUCCUUGUGAUCCAAAGACUGGGAAGUGCCUUUGCCCACCUGGGAAGACUGGAGACAAGUGUGACAUUGGGUGCAGGCCAGACAGGUAUGGCCCCGGCUGCUCCCUGCGGUGCCAGUGUGGCGGCAGAUCCCGCUGCAACCCCCACAACGGCAACUGUGCCUGCCCAAACUCCUGGAUGGGGCCAACCUGCACAGAAGGUGGCCCUCCUAAGCUUCCUUUUUACGAAGAACAAGCUCAAGAAAGAGGGAGUAUUUUUCCAAGAGCUCUACAACAGUAACAUUUGGACUAAUAAAUGAACUGUUUUAUAUGCACAGACGGUAUUUGAAUUUGGAUAUGAAAACAGUUAUUCAAUUCAGCUUGAAUUGUACUGAAGUAUUCACACUUCUUAUGGAAGACUACAGAGGCCAUUUAGUAGCUGGAUCCUUUUAAAAAGUUGAAUCUGUUUCAUGUGCUCAUUCCUAGCCUCUUGUCCCUCCAUUAAUCUACUCUGGACAUUCUUUCUGAUAUUAAUAUAACUCAUUGCUUGAAAGCCUGGACAUGUUUUUAAUCAGACCAGCUCCAAAGAGUAUCAGGAUAAGCAGCGUGUAACACAUCACCAUGGAAUGAGCCACGCUCCAUAUCAGGAACUUUCUAAACCCACUUGACAACCAGCACCAAGUUUGAAGAGUGUUCCACAGAUUAAUUCUCUAGAGAUUCACUGCAAAAUAACGUUGCACAGAAACUAGAGGGAUUCAUCAAGUUAAUUCCUCUUUAAGUAACAUUGUUU